UCAAGUUGAUGAUCAAGAAUUUGUUAAAUACACAGAUCCAGAAAUAGAGUAUGCAGGUGAGGGAAACCUAGAAGUGGUACAUGAUGCAGGUGAGGGAAAUAAAAGGCCUAGUAACAGUGAGGUUAACUUUUCUGAUGAGGAAAGAGGGACUGAUGUACAUUUGGGUGUGUCUAUUAGGCCUAAUCCUCCUCUUCCAGAGUUGCCAAAUCCUUUGUGGCUUGGUAGAGCUUUUAUGGGUAAAGAGGAUUUCAAAAAUGCAGUAAAGACAUAUGGAAUACAGUAUGGAAAGGAGCUGAAAUUUAAGAAGAAUGAUAAGGUUAGGUGUGUAGCUGUAUGUACCCAAAGUGAUUGUAAGUGGCAAGCAACCUGUAGAAGAGAUCCUGAUGAAGCCUUUUGGAAGGUGACUGUUUUCAAUGAUGAGCAUGUUAAUUGUCCAUGGGUGAGUGACAACAAGUUGAUAACUUCAUCCUUAGUUGCAAAGAGAUGGAAAACAAAAAUUGCUGGAAAUAGUAAUUGGAAGAUGGGUGAGUUUAGAAAGGCAGUCUGCACUGAUGAACACCAUUCUUUAAGUAAAAGGCAAGCCUAUAAGGCAUUGGACUUUGCUAGGCGUGAAAUAAAGGGUGAGCUUGAAGAUAACUUCAACAGAAUAUGGAGUUACCGUUUAGAGAUACAAAAAACAAAUCCAAGAUCCAGAUGUGAGGUAAAGUUAUCUGAUUUACAGUAUGAGGGAGGAAAGAAUAGAUUUCUUAGAAUGUAUAUGUGUUGGGAGGCUUGUAGAGAUGGGUUCAAGUACUGUAGAAAGGUGCAUAGAUGAGGGAGCUUUUGAAUGGUUGGGUGAUAAGCAUCCUUCACAAUGGUCUAAAUCUCAUUUCUCCACAAAUGCUAACUGUGAUGUGCUUGUCAAUAAUAUUUGUGAAAGCUUCAAUGCUAUGAUAUUGGAUGCUAGAGACUGCCCACUAAUACAAUGUCUUGAGAUUGUGAGAAAACAAAUUAUGUUGAGGUUAUUUGAAUGUAGAAAGCAUGCAAUGAAGUGGUCAGGAAGAAUAUGUCCAUCCAUAGCAAGGAAAAUUUCUAUUUAUGAGAAACAAGCAGGAGGGUAUUGGGCAUAUCAAAGUACAGAUGUAUUGUUUGAAGUUAAGGGGGCUACUGAACAACACCAAAUAGACAUUGGAGCUAGGACAUGUUCCUGUAGGAAGUGGGAUCUCACUGGCAUUCCUUGCAGGCAUGCCAUAUGUGCUCUUUGGGUUAAGUAUGGAAAAGCUCCACUACAUGACUAUGUCCAUUCAUGCUACACUGUUGACAAUUAUAAACAAGCAUACUCAGGUUGUAUUCACCCUAUGUCUGGGCCUCAAGAAUGGCCAAAAACGGAUAGAGAGCCACCACUUCCUCCGUUGUUUACAAAAAAGGUUGGCAGACCAAGAAAAUUAAGGAAGAAAUCUGCGGGUGAACUAACCAAAGAUGGAGUGAAAAUGUCAAGAAUGCAUGUUACCCUUCAUUGCUCAAUCUGCAAGUGUAUAGGCCAUAAUAGUAGGAAGUGUCCUCAGAGAAUAAAUAAUGCAGCCCCAGCAGUUCCAGUAGAUCCAGCACUCAUUCCAGUAGUUCCAAAUGCAGUUCCAGUAGAUCCAGCAUUCAUUCCAGUAGUUCCAAAUGCAGUUCCAGUUGAUCUAGAUGCAGUUUAGUUCCAGAUGCAGUUCCAGUUGAUCUAGAUUAGGUUGUUAGUUAAGUGCUCUUGGAAACUAUUAUGUAUGUAUGAUAGCUUUUUGCAAACAAUUUGCUGUUUUGGUAACAAUAUGA